CGUAUGUACACACGACUGUACAUUAGUGUACGUAAAUGGAGGGGCACCGGUUGUCGUCUGAUACACUGAUGCAGUGGCACGUAAAACGCGUAUGUUUAUAAUGGGAAAGCUUGUAUCUCCUAGUAUCUGUCGAUUGGAGCGAAGUAUGAAACUCUGAACCGAACUCGUGACAGCGAAUCUUACGAUGGCAGGAGAUAAAAUCGUUUCCUAAAACUGUCGCGCGCGUUACAUCGAUGCAGUGGUCAUGCUGUACACGCAACAACGAAUAGUUACAAAUUAGCGAUAGAUCGAACGUUUUGGAACAGUUCCCGGACUAGGAGAAAAUGCUUAAGACGCUCCGCGAACGUUCACAAAAACGCAAGAAGCUCCUAGCGCAAACGCUGGGUGUUUCGAGCGUGGACGAGCUGCGACAGAUUUUGGGAACCGAUAUCGACGACGCGCAGAAGAAAAGAAUAAGAUCGAUAUCCGAAAAGACGGAGAACGGGGUGAAAGAUUUGAAGAACGACGCGACUACCGCCGACGAAAUCGUCUACAAGGAUUCAUCUACGUUCUUGAAGGGAACGCAGUCGUCGAAUCCUCACAACGAUUAUUGUCAGCACUUCAUCGACACAGGCCAGCGGCCGCAAAAUUUUAUCAGAGACGUAGGUCUGGCGGACAGGUUCGAGGAAUACCCAAAGUUACGGGAACUGAUCAAAUUAAAAGACGAUUUGAUAGCGGAAACCGCCACACCACCCAUGUAUCUAAAAACGGACUUGCUCGCGUACAAUUUAAAGGAACUAAAUUGCAAAUUCGACGUGAUACUCAUCGAGCCUCCGUUGGAGGAGUAUCAACGCACAUGUGGCGCCACGAACGUUCAACUUUGGAACUGGGAUCAGAUUAUGGAAUUGGACAUCGGGGAAGUAGCAGCGAACAGGAGUUUCGUGUUUCUGUGGUGCGGGAGUAGCGAUGGAUUGGACAUGGGAAGGUUCUGCCUUCGCAAAUGGGGAUUCAGACGGUGCGAGGAUAUUUGUUGGAUCCGAACCAACAUCAAUAAUCCCGGUCACAGUAAAAACUUGGAUAGCAAGGCGGUCCUUCAGAGGACCAAGGAACAUUGCUUGAUGGGUAUCAAGGGAACCGUGAGACGAUCUACGGACGGUGACUUUAUCCACGCUAACGUGGACAUCGACCUAAUUAUAUCGGAGGAACCAGAGUACGGCUCGAUAGAGAAGCCCGUGGAAAUAUUUCACAUAAUCGAGCAUUUCUGUCUGGGUAGACGACGGUUGCACUUGUUUGGUCGAGACAGUACGAUUCGCCCGGGAUGGCUGACCGUAGGGCCCGAACUAACGAAUACAAACUUUAACGCGGACCUUUAUACCAGUUAUUUUGCAAAUGGUCAGAUUACGACCGGGUGCACCGAACGCAUAGAGGCGCUUAGACCAAAGUCUCCGCCACCCAAAGGGAAGGUUCCCGGCCGCGGUAGGGGUGGGUUUAACCGAGGACGAGGCAGAGGAAGGUAAGACGGAUCUUUGCACGCGAUCGAAUCGCGUGGGAUACGAAUUGGGGGAAACGACAAAGGUGGAAGAAAAAAAAAAAAAUUGUGCCGCUGCGAUUGCAUCGUAGAAAGAACUUGUACUUCUCUUGUAUUGUACGAUAUUUCUUACUUUACAGACUGUAAUACCUCUUCGCGAGGUUACCGCGCUACCGAGUACUCCAAAUUAUUAUCUUCGUUUAUAAUUUUCUGUCGAUCAAGGCGCAUCGAUCUCGUAUAAAUAGUUACGACAUUGAAAACAAGUAGUAUUGAAAAUAAGCUAGGUACAAAAUUCGAUCGAUCCCCUUUCCGUGUCGAAUACUAGCGAUCGUUGCGUCUAAUGUGUAUAAAACGAAAAAAAAAAACAAACAAACGAAUUUGAUCCUGUUCCGUACUCGUAUCGUAAGGAUUUAUAAAAAAAAUUUACAUUCUUGUAUAUACAUAUCGUUGGGCCGCAUUCGCGAUAAAUUUCAUACGACUCGUGUCUGUAAUAUUUUGUAACACAAACCCGUGCGAAUGCGUUUGAAAUAAAUCAAUCGAACGAAGAAAAAGUAACGUUUGGAACAGUGUGUAAACCCGAUGCCACGUUGCAAUUGGACCCGAUCUUCCCGAUGUAUCGACGCGUUCAAGAAAUCGACGGAAGAACAACACGAUUCGUCGAACAGUUUCUAAAAAAAUUUCCUAACUAAUUGCUUAAAAACGAUUAUACAAAACAUCUUAAGUAUUACGCAAUUUCUUAAAAAGCAAACGCAAUUACUUCGAAACGCUUGAGAUCCGGUCGUGUUACUUUGUACUUUGUACGCUGAGAAAAUUGAAAUUUCCAUAAAUAGAUCUUACAAUAAUUAACUACAUUUACAAUUUGCAUCCGAUGACACGCAAAAACUUACAAACAAAUUUAUUGGUCCCAGUAAAGCUUCCGGUAAUACAAGUGCGCUCGAUAAAUGGAUCUUAAUCUUCCUCGUUGCUUCGGAUCUAGAACUUGCCCGCGGUACGCGACCAAUAAACUAACCGCGUUCCGAUGACAAUGAAUACGCAAUAUUAUUCUAACAAACUUUCACGAAAUUCUGUCGAGCAACAACUAAUGGUAACGUAAAUGCGAUCGCUGUCGCUUCGUUAAUAUUCGUAACUAAGCAAAAAUUAAGAUUCGUCGAAUACCGAACUGAUAAGGACAGGUCGCACCUGAGGGAUAAUCGAUUUUUUUUUACCAGUGCUCGUUACUUACAAAGAUUUGUUUGUUUUCUUAUUUAUUAAACAUAAACGUUCUCGGCACAUGUAUACAGAAAUUAAAAAAUUAAAUAUAUCUUUGUAAACAACGAGCAUUGGUAAAAGAGUUUUGAAUCCGCUUAAAAAAGUCUGAAUAUAACGGGCGACCCGACACCUCCCCGUGGAAAUCGUUGAACGAGUUAAAAAAAGACGCAAUUUUCUUACAAAGAGAGAAAAAAUAAACGUUCGACGAGUCAACGGAUAAAGUAAACGUCGAUCGGUGCAAAUAAAGCUAUCGUACGGCCGACGUACGGUCGGCGGGAUCGCGGAAAAUGUUUCGUCGAACGCGAUACUUGUUUCUUUCGGUAUAAAAACGAAACGACGCGUAAUUGCGCGUAUCGAGUCUCGGCGAGUUAAAAACUAAUCAACAAUGUAUGGUACAUUGAUCGUCAAAAGCGUAAACUGAGGUUCGAUUAAGUCGACGUUAAAAAACCGCGUCUCUUUCUUCUUUCUGUGUGGAGUUGUUGCACGGCGAUUAGUUGAAAGCGAUCGUGUUUAUCGAAGAUAUGCCGUGUCAACGAGGAGACGUCAUACAAACGAUAUUAAACGAUUAUUAAGAAGAAGAAGAAGAAACAAGAAAUGAAACGCAAAAGGUUGGGGGUAGAGGAGGUGGGGUGGGUGGGAGAGGGUGGGAGGGAAUGCGGAGAUAUAUGCGUGCGUACCGGUGAACUGGCAGAGACGCAGGCAGAUUUCGUUGGCGAUCGAUCGAUCGAUUCGAUACGCUCGUAACAAGACGGUGAGUUGUAGUAAGGUCCCCGCCGGAUCGGACUAGUUCGCAAAGUCACAAAUACGUCGACUCCCCUGUAAGCAGAGUCAGCGUCAGUCUCGUGUAAGUUUCAUCCGCACAUAGACUGAAAUGGGAACGCAAACGUUAUCGGCGAAAAGGACCGUGAAAAGGAACAAUCGCGAAGUACGCGUUUUCCGUGUCGAGAUUGCGUGCGUACCUGCGGUAACAAAUUUUAAUGACUGCCUCUCCGAUCGUCUACGUUCUCGCCUUUCCUUCUUUCGUACUCUACGUGGGGCGUUACUUAAGCGUGUUCCAAUGGAGGCAAAGAAAAUGAUCGUAAAUAAUCGAAGAAAAAAAAAAAAAAGAAAAUACCGCGACGUUCUCGCUCACUUGCGUCCUCCGAUUUGGCUCGACCCUCGAAGAGGAACACGGUGAAUUGGAGGGGAAUAAACUUGGACAGUUUGCUCGCAUACAAUAUAUCACAGAGAAAAUAAUGCAUCUUAUUUAUAUUUUUGAACAUUCCGCAUGAAUCACAUAAAAGUUAAUCUUAAGAGGUGUCACUUAUAAAACGGUAUUCGUGAGCUUCGUAGGAGAAAAAAAUAUGUUUGAGAAGCGUGUACGCGUCACGCGAAGAAACAAUAUCGCACAUUACGUGCACCAUUAUUAUUGUGUUGAAUGGGUAAAAAACGUAUUUAGUAAGUUUACCUUUUUUUUUUUCGUUUACACUUUAGGUGGUAAAAAAUGAGAUAUCCGAACGCUCGCUAGUGAACUGACGCUAAUUCAAUGAUCCGUAGAUGCGAUUAAUAAAAAUAGUCCGAGCGAGGUAAAUUUACUAAUCCGUUCGAGGCGAUCCGACACCCCCGCUGCCCGAUGUAAUUCGCGCGUCCUCUUUCGGCUGUUUCCACCCCCAGGCUCCGUUCGUUUUCUCUCGAUCGUUUCGAUCGUGCCUCGUCUCGACGACAAAAAGAAAAUCGAGCGCAGGAACAGCGACACACGCACACGUCAUCGGAAUAUUAAUUUUUAAACUGUGGGAAUGCGUUCCUCUCGACACACUAUCGACAUCUUUACGUAAACUGCACACUAACGUAUUUACCGUAGCGUAAACUAAUUCUACUUAAAUCCAUAAUCUUACGAUAGUAUGUUAUGUCUGCGAGCUGUGAGGUACGUAUGAAAAAUCGCCAGAACGAACAAUACCCGUUCGUCGCGUGAUCAAACUUCUCGAUUCGCUAUCGGGAUAUUAUUCGGCCCCUUUUGUUCUUAGUUCGCUAGAAUUUACGUUCCAUCCUGAAAUUGGCCGGGCAAAUGAACGCGAACGGGAGGACAAGUAUCGCUUAUCGCGCGCCUCGCGACCGUUAAAAAUUACAAACAACAAUUUACAUGCUAAACGAUCGACGCGCGCGAGAGAGCGACGCCUGUCGAUCGAGAAGCGACGUCGGCUUAGGACGACUCGAUCGCAGUCGAUUCUACGCGUCUCGGCGAGGUUAUCGAUCAACUUCGUUACAAAAAAUAAGCUUUCGCCCUAUCCCUUAGUCGAACUUAAUCUAACUACAGACGUACUCGCGAAGGAAUGAUGUCUCGGGUUACUGUACAACGAUCGCGGGAAAUCGAGCCGCUCUACGAUCUACGAGCCUAAAUCGAACGUUCUCGUCUCGUCUCCGCGUCGUUCCUAUCGUCUCGAAACGGUUUAAGUAAAAACGAUCUUAACCCCUUGCACUAAUAUCGUGUGAGAGUUGGACCAAACGUAAGAUACAGACCCAACCCAUCGUCUAAACAGAACUGAUCCAAAUCGUGUUUGUACAAAGUAUAACAAGUACAGUACAUGAUAAAUUCUUUGUCUUUUGCAAUGGAAUGUUCGAACAGUCGAAAAGAUCGACAAAAUUCAAGAUCGUCGAAUCGAUGAUCGAAAUAAUAUUUUUGUAGCCUCUCUAAAAUUGAUUUUAGGCCCACGGUGAAGAGUGAAAGCCUUGAACGAACAGCGUAAGGGGUUAAAUGGCUCGUUGUUCGCCAUAGCGCGUGACUCGUCGGUCAACAAUAGAUCGCGAUCGUUACGGUGACUUUACGAGUACAUAUGUUAGGUGUCUGCUUGGAUCGGCUCGACGAGCACUCUUUUUCGUACCCUCGUUUCCGCUAUCUCUAGGAACAUCGCACGCUCUUCCGUUUCGUUCUAAGUACCUUUCGCUCUGGGCGUCGCGGCCGCCAGCAUCCGGGGAUAGAGCGCGUGCAAAGACGAAGGAAAGAGUGUGUGUAUAUGUAAACGAUCGGUAAAGGAAGAGAAAAUACGCAAAAAAAAAGAAAACUAGUUACGGGGCUAUCGUGUCGCGUUGUACGAAAAAAAAGUACCUAGGUAGUUGGGAAGGACGGCGUCGGAAACGAUUCUUCUUUGCACUCUCGAAACAUCGCGCUCUUUCGUACCCACCCCUGGUCGACUUUUCCCCCGAGAAUUCAACAAGACUCGAUCGUACGCGCGUGGAGAACCAUCCGAACACGGUUUUCUAACGAAAUCGGUAACGAUCGAACCACGCGAACGCCGGCUUUCGGUUGUUACCGAUUCGAUGAAAAGAUUGUAUCGAGGAAACGGAUCGCGAGCGUGAUCAAUUGUUCGCCCGCGAACAGCGUAGCGUUCUUACGAUCGCGUUUCCACGUUUGGUACGACGCGCGAUCGAAACCGAGAUCUCGAGGAGUUUGAUAUUUCUUUUUUUUUUUUAGAAACCGCGAGAGCACAAUUUCGAGAACCGAGAAUAAAAGGAGCGAGUCCCGCCUAAUCGAUUCGUUCUUCUAAAUAUGUAUUUACAGCAACGCGAAUCGUUCCGAUCGAUUCGAUCGUUUUCACGGAGGAAGUAAAUUUAACUUAAAAAGUAAACUGCGCCGAUCUCGAACGAAAAGUAAGCGGCGUAGCUCCAUUCCUCCUCUCGGCAUUACCAUUACCAUUAUCAUUAUCAAUAUCGUUAUCGCUAUUAUUAUCGUUAUUAUUAUUAUUAUUAUUAUUGUUGUUGUUGUUGUUGUUGUUCUUGUUCUUGUUGUUAUCGUCGUCGUCGUCUUCCGUCUUCCGUCUUCCGUCUUCCGUCUUCCGUCUUCGUCGUCUUCGUCGUCGUCGUCGUCGUCGUUAUUGACUUACAAUUUAUUAACGUUACGAAAAUAGUCUUGCUUCUUUUUACACAGCGUUAUUUCCAUCUGAAUCGAUAAUCUAUAUAAACAUAGUUUUUUCGUCAUUCUACAGCCAAACGCAAUUGCUCGUCGAGAUACCGAUUAGUGUUCUGUGUUUGCGUUCACGCCGGAACUCGACUAAACUUUAACAUCGCGGGAAUAGCCAUUCGAUCGUGUUCGAUCCAUCGGCAAAAUAUAGGAAAAGCGUUUACACAGAGCGCGUUACACGUAUCGUUUAAACGAUGAGCUUGAAAUUUCUCUUUGGCGAUUUAAAUUCUUCCUCCGUUCUCUGUCGAACGUUUUAGGUACUUGCACGAUAUAUCGUUACGUUCGGAGAAUUUGCAAGCUCGUCGGUCAUGAGUAUAAAAAUUUUCGCUCGCUCAUGGAAAGCUUCCAUUUAUAUUUAUAUUCGUACGUGCGCGUGUAUACGUGUAUACACACACACGCACGCAUAAAUUCUAAUAAAAUUCCAAGACGCGACGUGUACCCAGACGACUUUCGAUCCGACGAUGUUUCGAUCGAAAUUUUCAAACGUUCCGAUCGAAUCGAGGUCCAAAAACUACCUUUAACAAACCGAAUUGAUCGGUAUAAAAGUCGUCCGGGUGAUAGCCGCGUAACAGAUAAGUCGUUUCGGCAUGCUGCGAAACCAAUAUGGUACGUACAGUACGACGGAGCAAAGAUUUUGCCCGCGGAGGGAAAGAAGGGGAAGGAAGAAUGUUGUUAAGCACAGUAGAGGGAACGAUGAGACGAAAAUAUUCAGAGACAUACGCGCGUGGAAGAAAAUUGUUUCGAGCAAAACUUCACCUCGAAACGGAAACAGAUACAGAACGCAAACGAUAUACCGUGUAUAGUUGGCGAAACAAAUAUAACGAGUUUCUCGACGCGCUCUAUCUAAUCCUGUUAGUCCAUAUUUUUAUUUUUCUCGUUCUCGCUAUAUUUCUUCCACCAAGUAUAUCUUUAGGGAAACGAAUGUUGAAAUUUGGAGACGAUUCGUUGGGUCGGGACAAGCGAUGUUCUGAUUACAUCCUACUUUCGUUGAUUACGGGACAUCGUUUCUUCGGCUCGUCGGGUCUUAUUACACGUCAAUUAACAACAUUCUACGUAUCGUCGAACGAACUUUGCGUCCGUUCGUACGACUUAACGAUAAAGACUAUACCGUUGAGUGUUUAAGGUUCGCGUGUCGACGCGCGAACGACACCGCAGUCGAAAGGUGUACCAGGAUGA